AACCCCCCUGGGUGGAAUCCGCCGCAGCGGCGGCCUGCGGCGUCGCUUUCCGUUGCUGCUCGCGGUGGCCCUCUUCUUCCAGAAGAGGGGAAAAUCGUUGGGAGUACUCGUGCUGUGGGAAGAAGGAAAAUCGUUAAGGGUCGCGCUGCCGGGAAAGGGAAAAGCGUUAAGAGUGGUCGUGUUGAUUCGGAUGAGGACGAGAAGCCAUAUGAAAGAAUCAAAAUGAGACCGGAGGAUUGAUUACCGUAUUUCUAUCCCGACGAGAUCACUUACGACGACCUGAGUGGCGAGGAAUUGGAACCCGAUUUUCGCGAAAAGUAUUACCCUCUUGUUCGCCAAGGACAAAUAACCUUCCAUGAAUAUCAACAACGCGCAUUCGGCAGCAAGACUUAUAGGCGAUAUUGCAGGCAAGCUAAUUCAAGUCAGGGGUUCGAUGUUGAGCAAUUAGUUCCGCCAACUAUGUAUCCCCACAUUAUCCCUUGGUCCUAUAUCAAAGAGGAAAGCUCUCUCAAUCAAUCUCAUGACAAAGUUUUUGGCUUAGCUGAAUUGGCCCUCAGCCGAUACAAUGGCCGUUUCCGAAAGUCAUAUAAAGUUGUGGAUGUGCUAAAAUGGAACCUGGGGAAAAUCAUGCCUUACGAUGCUUACUUUAUCACAUUCAAUGUCGAGAAAGAAGGCAAAGACGGUGGCACUCUAAUAAGGACCUUUCAGGCCAAGGUCGGUGUUCAUGUUGUUACCAAAAAACCUCUAGUGGAGCUCUGUCGUCCUCGCCCUGCUAGGAAAGGUGACUCUUCUACGUUACAGGGGGGGAGAAUGAGCAUCCUUGGUUUCGCCCUUUGGAGGGGAUAAUGCUUGUGAUGGUGGUGAUCAAUAGCGCGAUUGAGUGAUUGCUUUUAUGGUGGGACUAUUUGUCAUAAUGGAUGGUGUUUAAAGGAGAUAGGAGGCGGCACAUUCUAUCGACACGGUUAGGUUUCGUGAGAAAACUCUGCUCUCGUCGUCUACGGAGGAGAGCAGACGGAAGGCUGAGCUAGACGGAGGAGACCGGACGGUAGACUGAGCUCUCGUCGACGGAGGAGAGAAACUGUGCCGACCAUCUGCGCUGCAUCUAACGCGAAGAUUCGAAUCUGACAUUCGCCGGACGGAUAUUGACGGCGGCCAUCGAACUGAAAAGGUAUGGCACACCCUCCCAAGAAGCAUAGAGGAUCCGCUAAGUGUGAGGCAUUAUAUAAGCGGAAGAAGGACGGUCAUCCACCGAUGCAACUGCAGUGGCGGCACAGGCGUCCUUUUGCUGGGCCACAUGUAGGAGUCUUCCCUUCCCUUGUUGGGUUUGAGGCGAGAAGCAGAGCUAGAAUUGACAUUACGAUGUGGCCUUUGGUCCCGAAAGAUGUUAAGGACACGAUCCUAGCAGAGAUUCAAACUAUCUACGAAAUACCUAAGGAGGGCAUCAAUUACACUCUGAAAUUGGCGGGCGAGAGAUGGCGUGCAUUCAAAGUUAAGCUCCGUAAGGAUUUUUUGAAGCCGGGUGGGAAGAGGCGGGGUGAACAUCCCAAUUAUUAUUACAACUUUGUGACACGAGAACAUUGGGAGAACUUUAAAAAUUAUUAUACAUCUGACAACAUGAAGGCCAUUAGUGCAGCUAACACUGAGCGUCAACAGAAGAACGUGUAUCCACAUAACAUGGGCAGAGGUGGUUACAGGAUGUUAGAGCAGAAGAUAUUAUCUUCAAGUAGCACCACUACUACCGAAAACAACUCAUCUGUCCCUCCUGACUUGUCGCGAGAGAAUAUGUGGUUAUUGGGUCGUACAAAGGACAAUCAGAUACCAAACCCUAAUGUUAGGGAAGUUGCAGAAAGGAUAGUGAAGUUGAAAGCUGAUGCUCAAGCAGGGACUUUCACGCCUGUUGGACAUGAUGACAUUCUCACUCGUGCACUCGGUACUUCUGAGCAUCCUGGCAGGACUAGAGGUGUCGGGUCACUUGUCGGGCUACGAAAUGUUUUUAAGGGGAAAAAGAAGUCUCAAAAGUCUGAUGGAAUGUUCAUGACACAAGACGAGUUGGAGCAGUUCAGGAAAUCUGUACUUAAUGACGCGUUCACCAUGUACACGCAACGACUUCCCCAGCUUCUUCAGUCUCUUGGAGUUCAAGUGUCAGGCAGCAUUGAGAACAUUGCCAACAUUUCGCAACAAUUUCCCAUGUCUACACCACAGUUUCAGCAGAGCAGCAAGGCUUCGGUAGAUCCUGACCCAUUUGCAGACCUUACUGAGGUUGAUAUAUUUAAGCUUGGGUUUGGAAAGGGAGGGGAGUGGACUGGUCGAGUAUAUGGAGGAGGAUGAAGGGUUGAUUUUUAAGAUGGUUUAAAGGCAUAAGAAUAGGGGAGAAAAAGGGGGAUACUGGUUGUGCUUUUUAGGAGGGCCGAAAAUUUGGAAGGGAAAAUAAGAGGGGAAAAGGGAUAAAAACCAAGUAG